UAGAAGUGUAAAGUUCAAUGGCAUUAGAAUAUGUGAUAUUUUGCAAUUUGUCAUGAUUGCAUUGUCAUAUCGAUACUAUCGAUAUACUUAUGUCUUUAAGUCUGAACAGCGAGUUGCAAGUCUUUUGCAGCCGCAACUAACAGUUUGAACUGCUGGCUCUAAAGCUUGAGUGGCGCUGGUGUAAGUCUACAACUUAUAGAACCAAACACUAAGCUAAGCGCGCCUAACUGUUUUACUUUUUCCCACACUGAAGAUGCAGGUUUGAUGACAGAGGAGGCGGCAACUGUGCUAGAAGUGAAGUCGCCAACAAGUGGCGAUGGGGAUGCCUCAAGCAAAUGUCGACGUGACUUGUUGCCAGCAUUUAGCAGAAGCUUUAAUAGUAGUCAGAGUAGUUCGCCUACAGUUGACUUGGGGCGUUGCAUGCAGCCGCAGAUAUGCGCAGCGCUGUUGCAUGCGCUGCAAGCGGAGCAUCUGCAGCAUUUCAGCAACAGCUGUGGCCGAUCAAGCGGCAGCAGCAGUCGCACUGCAACGCCACGUCGCCGUGCGCUGCCACUGCCACAAAUUGCUGCAUCACCGCCGUAUCGCACGUUAUCGCAUUUUGGCUUCCAAUCGCCGCGUCAGCCGCCGCAGCUGCAGCACAAGCAUUUGCCAGUUGGCAGCGCAGAGUAUCAACGCUAUAGAGCAAUGCAGCGUGUGCUGAGCUAUGAGGAAAUCUUUGCCACACCACGCUACGAGCAGCUGUGCCACAUAUGCUUCGAUCAGCUGCUGCGCCUGAAGCCCGAACUGCAGCGUCGCAGCGCUGCCAGCAGCAGCGUGGGCGAGGAGCCCGAGGAAUUGAUUGUGAGCAGCAACAGCAGUCGCUACAAUUCGCCGCCAUGCAAGCUACACACUUUGCCGGAGGAGGAGGCGUAUGAGUACGAUGAGCUGUACAUGCUGGCGCCAGUGGAUCAGCAGCUGAGCUGCCAUGUUAGCACACAAACCGCCAGCAGCUUUCUAACGCAGCUGCAGCGCUUGAGCUACUCGCAGGAGUCCGCUGCACUGAAGUCAAGCAACAGCGUGUUGAGUCUACAGACGCCUGUGAGUCGCGGCGCCAGCGCUACAAGCACGCCGCCCAUCAGAAGCUAUCAGCCAGUCAAGCUGGAUCAGCAUGCAAGCGUAACUGGCAUAACCGAAGUGUGGAACUUUGGCAACUGGCAGCAGCUUGAGCCGCUGCAGCAGCCGCAGCAGCUAACCGAACAUCGCAUUACUUUGGAGAUCACACAGCAAUUUGAUGAGCAAACUGAGCGUCAGCUAAUGACGCGUGUGGAGCGUCAGCAGCGCAAGCAAGAGUUCCACGAGCUGUGGCAAGAUCAUGUGGAUUACUUUCAGGCCAAGCAGCAGCAGCAGCAGGAGCAGCAGCCAGCGCUUGCCAAUGGCGGCUUGUGUCUAACGCUGGAGCCGCAGGAAGCGCAAAUGCUGCAGGCGAAUGGCUGGCAACGUGAUGUGGCCACAGCGCAGCUGCCACGCAUGUUGCAAGACUUUGAGCAGAGUCUAAGUCAAGCGGGUGAGAAUCUGGAGCGACUUGUAGCCAGCACCAAGCUGCUAACCGCUGAAGAGCAGAAUGGGGUGCUCUAUAGAGCUGUGCAAAUGGAGAACAUAGCUGCAGCAGAUGGCACAGCAAGCGUGGAGCAGCUGCAGCAAGAGCCGAGCAGCGAGCAUGAAGAAGAAGAAGAAGCAGAAGUGGCAACUGAUGCAGAGCAGCAGGCGGAGAAAUGCGAUGUGGAAAAGCCUGUAGCCGAAGCAGCGCUGAGUCCCAAAGAAAGCGCCAAUGCAGAUGAAAAGGAUGUGGAUGCUACAACUGCCACAACACCGCCGCCAGCAGCUGACGCCAGCAACAUUUACUCGCCACUCGAGCGUCAAAUACUUGCGCACAUUGAAACGAAUCGCUUAAGUGAGCGCGAAUCCAUUUUCGGACGCAUUGAUCACAGCAUACGCAACAAGUUAACGCCCAGCAGAUUGUUGUGCAACGACAGCAGCAACGCUGAGGAGAUUUUCAGCACCUGCACGCAUGUCUACAAGUCCAGCACAACAACAACCAGCAGCAUAAGCAGCAGCAAAGCGCAAGCGACGCACUCAAGCGACAGCGCGCAUUUGUUUCAGUUCAGCAGCUUGCCCAGCGCACAAGCGAGCAGCAGCGACUCCAGUGAAACGCCGCCGCCAGCGCAGCUGCAACGCAGCAUUAGCUCCACUACUUUUGUGUAUCGCAGCAGUCCGCGUCGCAAGCGCAACUUUAUACAGGAAAACAUACGCAACGCCUGCAAGCCGCGACGCUUGCCGCCGCCGCUGAAGCGCUGCCAGCCGAUCAGCAGCGAUCAGCACUCAGUUUGCAGCUUUCAGGCUGCACAACGUGGCAGCAACUCACGUCUGUGGGUGUCGCUGCCGCACAGACGCAGCUCGCUUAGUCCACGCCGCACGCCUGCCACACGCAGCAGCAGCCGCAAGCGACGCAGCCUGCAACGCAGCUACAGCAGCAGCAGUUUCCUAGUCGAUGGCCAAGUGAGCAGCACAACAUUUGAGCUGCAGCAAACAGCCAACAGCUCAGUUUACUACAGCGCCAACAACAGCAACAACAGCGACUGGCAGCAGCAGCAACAGCGACGCUUGUCAGCAGGCGAAACUACGCCCACAAGUGAACCCACUAGUCAAGCGGAGCAGCCAGCCGAGCUGAGUCAAGCAGCAGCAGCUGCAACAAGCUCAGACUAUGCGCUCAGCUGUGCGCCUGCUUGCUACAAUUUGAGCAUAAGCGACGCUGCGCGACCACAACAAUCGUCGGACAUAUCGCUUGACUAUAGUCAGGAGCAGCUGCUGCCGCCGCCGCCUGCCAAUGAAGAAAGCAACGAUGAUGAGCCCAACACAUCAGCAGCAGCAGCUAAAAAGCGACGUCGUCGUCAGCAGCGCCAAGCAGCUGACGCUGUGCCCCAAGCUGCUUUAGAAGAAGAUAUUUGUGUGCUGUUUACGCAAUGCACUGCCACAGCUGCCACAUUGGAAGUCAGCGAGGAUGAUAUACAAAUGCCACGUUUGGAAGUGCGUCGCACCAAUAGAAACAGAGCAGUGCCCAUCGAAUGGCAAUUUCUUGAUGCUGAGCAAACGCUUCCGCAGCAACUUGAGGAGCACGCUGAGCAGAAUUUGAUUUUUGUUGAAGAAGUUGAUGAUAAUGAUUUGUUGGUGGAGCAUUCGCUGCUGGUGUUUGAAGAAAAUGCGCCGCAAAUUGCAACUGACACUGAAGAUUUUGAAAGCGAUGAAUUUCUUGAUAUAUCAGAUAAUUCCACUUUGGAUAUGAAUGAGGACAGUUUAGUUAGCGUAGAGUCGUGGGAUCUGUGGGAUAUGAAUGAGCAUAUGAAUGGAUUUUUACGCUAAUGAUGAUGAAUUACUUUUCUUAACUUUUAUUUCUAUGCACUG